AUGGUAAUGCGAACAUUUUCUAGUGGGAAAUCUAUUACCCUCCGAAACUCUACCCUGCGACUAUCGCUAAUGACUACUAUUGUAUCUAUUCACAAUAAUAGUAGCAAUACUAGUGGUAGUAGUAUUUGUUGUUCUUGUUGUAAUAGUAAUAGUAAUGGUAGUGGAGGGACAUCUGAAAUGAUCAGCAGAGUCAUUUUUUCACAAAGUCGUGGUAUUCGCACUGUAAUUGCCCCUCGUCCUGCUGUGACCACACUUAUUUAUCUCGAUUCGUAUGGACGGCCUGUACGUAAUAAUACAGAAACAGAACUCUCACUUAUCCGAACACGUGAUAAUAAGUUUUACCUUCAACGAGUGCUUGAGGGUGGAGAAGUUGUCCGUUGGCGAGCCGCAGGAUUAGAUCAUUUAAAGAAUGUUACUAACUUUGAAACGUACUCAUUGAAUGAAAUUGAUGAGUAUGGUGGUAUUAUUAUUCCCUCUGAUGUAAUGCCGACAGCAGGAAAUGAUCCACCCAGUUUUCAUGAUGCUGUUUAUUAUAUAAAUCGUAUGGAGGCAACAAAGAAAUUAACACGUAAAGAUCGUCGUCAAUGGCAUAGACGUCUCUUCUCUCACUGGAAAGAGAGUCCAGAUAAGUUAUUUAAUCACGUUAUGGGAAUGUAUGGAAUACCUUUUUUAGUGAUACUCUGGUUAAUGGUACGUGCAUUUCAUAGUAUUAAAAACAAUAAACCCUUCUGGGAUGUAAAUGUAUAUGGGAAAACAGAUGAAGAGUUUGAUAGACAAGAUCCUUGGCUUCGAUUAAAACGUUUCUCUGAUCGUCAUCCAGAACAUGAGGGACUUGAUUUAACGGUAACGAUGAUGUCUCCAGGGCAAUCACGGCUCUCCAACACACGGGCGGAAUUGCGAGAAACAGACUUUACAGAUCCACACUUUCACAGUGAGUUGUGGUGGAAGUUAAGACACUUGCGGUAUUAUGGACAUUGGCCAAAAGGACUGACAGAGUGA